CUAUAGAUGCUCCUACGGGUAAUUAUAUGAUGGCCACCUGUAUUGUCUCGCCACUUCGUUUCACUCUCCCCCUUUCUCAUCUCUCAAGCACCCGAGUUGGAUUCGGGCCAAAACCUUCACCCACCGCCCCGAGUCGACUCGGAUUCAACUCAAUGUCUCAACCGGCCUCGGAAGCCAAUCCGGACUCCUCGAAACCCGAGACCCCCGACGUCCUCGUUCAGUACGUGGUGCUCCGGCGAGACCUAAUCGACACGUGGCCGCUGGGCAGUGUGGUAACACAGGGCUGCCAUGCCUCCGUCUCCGCCAUCUGGUCCCACAAAGACGACCCACACACGCUCCAGUAUUGUAGCCCUGAAAAUAUCGAUUCUAUGCAUAAGGUUACUCUUGAGGUGAAGGGAGAACCUCAAAUAUUGAACUUGUCUGAGAAGCUCAAAGCUGGUGGCAUAGAGCACAAACUGUGGAUUGAGCAACCUGAGAAUUUCCCAACUUGUCUCGCUACGAAACCUUACCCCAAAUCCAUCGUAUCUUCGUAUUUUAAAAAGUUGAAGCUCUUUUUGUUGCAGUUGGUCAACGGUCUCUUUUCUGCGCGGCCGUGCCAGCACCGUUCGGGUGCGGUCAUUGGGGUGUCCCUUGACCUGAUUUCCUUUGAGCGACUGUAGACGAGGAGAGCACCAACCUCGUCGUGGGGGUCUUCUGUGCCUCGUGGUGAGGACUUUGUCUUGUGUCACCAAGUCGAUACUCAACGUUGUAGGUUAAGCAGAGCGCAAUCACCGGGAAGUAGAGAGAACUUGCUAAAGCGUGACUUUAGCUUGGUUGGUUUGCGAGGGCUUUACCCUUGUUUGGCUGGUUCCGUAACCGUUGUGGUCGCGGUACUACAGUCGGCUCCUGAGGAGACUAGGACCGAAGCACUUUGACAGAGGGUUUGGUGGCACUGACAGUCGGCUCUUGAGAAGAUUAGGACUGGAGUGUGAUCACCGGUAAGAGAAAGAGAUGGGUUGCUCUAGAGAGGCUCGGAUAAUCUUAGAGAUUGAUUGAUGAAUUGUGUUGUGAAUUGUUACUUGUUGUAGCCUCUAUAUAUAGGCUACCAAGCCAUAGUGGUUGGCCUUAAACAAAUCAUGAUGGGUUAGGUUUGAGCACUUAAACACUAAUAGAAUUUGUUAGGUUUGAGUCACUUUCUGUUCCUUU